CUACCGACGGCCGUUCGCAGCCAGGCGCCGCCGAGGCGGCUCUGCGGGCGCGGAGCGAGCGCGGCCCCGGCCCCGGCCCGCCGGCGGCGACGGCAGGAUGAAGUUCGCCGAGCACCUCGCGGCGCACAUCACCCCCGAGUGGCGGAAGCAGUACAUCCAGUAUGAGGCUUUGAAAGAGAUGCUUUACGCAGCUGUGGACCAGGCCCCUUCUAUAGAAGACACAGAUGAGGACACGGUGAAAAGAUGUUUUGCCACGUUUGAAGAGAAAUUCUUCCAAACCUGUGAGAAAGAACUUGCCAAAAUCAACAUUUUCUAUUCAGAGAAGCUUGCGGAGGCGCAGCGCCGGUUCACCACCCUGCGCACCGAGCUGCAGUCCACCUUGGACGCGCAGAAGGAGGCCAGCGGGGCCUCCACGCUUCAGCGGCGCCGAAAGCCCGUCUUCCACCUGUCCCACGAGGAGCGUGUCCAGCACAGGAACAUCAGAGACCUGAAACUGGCCUUCAGCGAGCUCUACCUCAGCCUCAUCUUGCUGCAGAACUACCAGAACCUGAACUUCACCGGCUUCCGCAAGAUCCUGAAGAAGCAUGACAAGAACCUGGAGACGGCGCGGGGGGCGGAGUGGAGGGUGGCCGAGGUGGAGGUGGCUCCCUUCUACACCUGCAAGAAGAUCAACCAGCUUAUCUCUGAAACAGAGGAAGUGGUGACCAACGAGUUGGAAGAUGGAGACAGACAGAAGGCAAUGAAACGUUUGCGUGUUCCACCCUUAGGAGCAGCUCAGCCUGUACCAGCCUGGACUACAUUCAGGGUUGGAUUGUUCUGUGGGUUGUUCAUUGCACUGAAUGUCACUGUCAUACUUUCAGCCCAUAGCCACCUCGAGACAGACGGACCAAAUGUGUGGCCACUGGUGAGAAUCUAUCGAGGUGGCUUUCUCCUGAUAGAAUUCCUCUUUCUCCUGGGUAUCAACACAUAUGGCUGGAGACAGGCUGGAGUCAACCACGUCCUCAUCUUCGAACUCAAUCCCCGCAGCAACUUGUCCCAUCAACAUCUCUUUGAGAUUGCUGGCUUCCUGGGCGUUUUGUGGUGCCUGAGCCUGUUGGCAUGUAUAUAUGGUAAAUUCACCUACAUCCCCAUGCAGGUGAACCCACUCAUCUUGUACGGCUUCAUGUUGCUUUUUCUCAUCAACCCUACCAAAACCUUAUAUUACAAGUCCCGUUUUUGGCUGCUCAAACUAUUGUUUCGAGUAUUCACUGCUCCCUUCCACAAGGUAGGCUUCGCAGAUUUCUGGCUGGCUGAUCAGCUCAACAGCCUGGUCGUGAUACUUAUGGAUUUGGAAUACAUGAUCUGCUUCUACAGCUUUGAGGUUCAGUGGGAGGACAAUGCUGGACUUCUGGCAGAUACAGCAGAAGAAUGUGGAAUUUGUAACAGCUACUCCUACGGAGUGAGGGCAGUUGUCCAGUGCAUCCCUGCUUGGUUGCGAUUCAUCCAGUGCCUGCGCCGUUACCGCGAUAACAAACGGGCCUUUCAUCUGGUUAACGCUGGAAAAUAUUCCACCACCUUCUUCGUGGUGACAUUUGCAGCCCUCUACAGCACUCACAAAGCUAAAAACCACAGUGACACCCAAGUGUUCUUCUACCUGUGGAUUAUCUUCUGUUUCAUCAGCUCUUGCUAUACCCUCAUUUGGGACCUGAAGAUGGACUGGGGUCUCUUUGACAAAAAUGCUGGUGAAAAUACCUUUCUCCGAGAAGGAAUUGUCUACCCACAGAAAGCAUACUACUAUUGUGCCAUUGUAGAGGACGUCAUCCUGCGUUUUGCGUGGACCAUCCAGAUCUCCCUCACGUCCAUGCAAAUCUUUCCCUACGCUGCAGACAUCAUUUCUACUGUAUUUGCUCCACUUGAGGUGUUCCGGCGGUUUGUGUGGAACUUCUUCCGUCUGGAGAACGAGCACCUGAACAACUGCGGCGAGUUCCGCGCCGUCAGGGACAUCUCGGUGGCUCCGCUCAACGCCGACGACCUGACGCUCCUGGAUCAGAUGAUGGACCAGGAGGACGGCGUCCGGAACCGCCGCAAGAACAAGCAGUGGAAACGCAGCCUGAGCGUGUCCCUGCGCCGGCCUCGCCUCGCCUCACAGUCCAAGGCUUCUGACACCAAGGUAUUGAUAGAGGACCUAGCGAACGAAGUGAACACAUGAGAUGGCCACGUUCUCUUAUUCCACAUCCUUUGUUUUCUCCUUCUGUUUCCCUCUUCCCCAAGUAACCCGAGCUCUGGUACAAAUCCAGCUGAAAACAGGAGAAAACACUGAACAUGUUUUCCGAGCUCUUCCAGACCAGAUCCUAUGGACUCCAACAAGCUGUGUUUUGUUUCUUUUCUUCUGGGUUAAUUUUAAUGUUCUAUUUUAAACAAACAAACAAAAGAAUAAAAUAUUUUACUUUGUUUUGCCAAUAAAGAGGACAGUUCAGGAAAGAAGGAUUGUUUACAGUCUCAACAAGGACAUACAAACCUUAUCUGGAUAACGAAGCAUCAUAGGGACUCCCUCUUGGGACAGUGCCAAGAGCACACUUGGUUUCCUGCUUGGCCCGGUUUUGACUGGUUGAAACCGGACUUUUUAAAUCUGAUUUGUUGUUGUUGUUGUUGUUUUUUUGUUCUUUUUUUUUCAGUUGUUUGGUUUUUUCCUUCAUAUCCAGCGCUGAGGCACUGGCUGCACUUGCAGGGAAAGUGCACUUAGAGCAGUAUCUUCAUUCAUGAAGCUACUUUUUAAUUUGAUGUAACUUUUCUUAUAAUUUUUUGGAAAUAUGAUGUAUCUGUUGCAUAUAGUUUUCACAUUAUUUAUGAAACUUAACAACCAUAUGAGAGUGAUUUUGAGUCCUGUGCAAUGAAAGUCGUAAUGGUAAAACAAAGUGGGGAAUGUAGAUCUCCAACUCCAGGGUUGUGGGGUGAUGCCCCUGCAAAUACCCCUCUCGUGAGACAACUUGCACCUGUGUGUACCUGCUCUCUCUUUUACUUCUUUUCAGUUUUAUUUUAAACCAAAGUUUCUCUUUCUGAUAUUUUUUUAGUUGCUGCUGCUGCUUCUGGGCAUGCAUCACGUGCCAGUUCAAAGCCAACUUCUCCAUGUGUGGAAGUAGUGCAGAUGAUCCUAAGGAAAGGAGAGUUGGUUCCCACCAACAGCACAAAACACUGGGCGACCAAAGGCUUUGGAACUUCAUUCUCCAGAUCAAAAAGUACUUUUCCAAGCCUUAGGUGUGUCAUGAGGGCAUCUCAGUCUGAGCAGGGAGCUUUUCAGGAGCUCUCCAGCAGCCCAGCAAAGUGGGACAAGGCGAGGAGGUGACAGAUCUCGUGGG